AUGCUCGACUUAUCACCAUGUGUUCCUUCCCUGCUAUGCUGCAUAUUCGUAUGUGUAAUAUACGAGGUCCAAGCUUCCAGUAACGGGCUCGUCGUUCAGACAAUGUACGGCUCGGUGCGAGGCAAGCACGUGGAGUCGCCCCCACGCCACCAGAGGAUCGCUGCCUUUCUAGGAAUCCCCUUCGCUUCUCCUCCUGUGGGUGAGUUACGCUUCGCUGCUCCUCAGCCCCCGCUGUCAUGGGAACCUGACGUAAGACAAACGACCGAGUUCGGGAAUAGCUGCGUACAAAUCGACGACGAAGUGUUCGGGAAUUUCAGAGGUUCUCAGAUGUGGAAUGCCCCCAAUCUUAAGAGCGAGGAUUGCCUUUACCUUAACAUAUGGACUCCCAGAAUACCAACUUCCACACGUUCCCAACCACUAGCUGUGAUGGUGUGGAUAUACGGGGGAUCCUUCUACAGCGGGACUACAGCCUUAGCCUUAUAUGAUGGCCGUUACCUCGCUGCUCAAGGGGGGGUAGUUGUAGUCUCAAUCAAUUAUCGUCUUGGCCCGCUCGGAUUCCUCGCUCCUUUGGCUGGAACACCCGGCAACGCUGGCUUGCUGGAUCAACAACUUGCAUUAAAAUGGGUGCGAGAUAAUAUAAGGGCCUUUGGUGGGAACCCAGACAACGUUACCUUGAUGGGAGAAAGUGCAGGAGCAGCGUCUAUUGGUUUGCAUACGGUGGCCCCUUCCAGUCGUGGCCUGUUCAACAGAGUAAUCUUCCAAAGUGGUAACCAGAUGACACCAUGGUCCACCAUCAGCCUCCCUACCUCUCUCAAUAGAACCAGAAUCCUUGCUGCAAACCUACGCUGCCCCAACCCGCGUACUUCAUCCGAACUUGACGUUUUAACUUGUCUCAGAUCCCAUUCAGCUGUCGACGUUUUCUCAAAUUCUUGGAUUACCCAAGAGAUCUUCGACUUUCCCUUUGUUCCCGUACAUGGAACUUCAUUUCUCCCCGAACAUCCACACGAGGUAACUCGUAAAGGUGAGCAAGCCGACGUCGAUGUAAUGGCCGGACAUAACACGAAUGAAGGUUCAUAUUUCACCUUAUACACUGUUCCCGGGUUUAAUAUUUCAUCGCAAAGUAUUUUGUCCAAGAAAGAAUACAUUGAUGGCAUCGCAUUAAGUGGGAUUAAAACCAACGAGCUUGGUAGAUCAGGAGCGGCUUUCAUGUAUGCUGACUGGGAGAACCCGGAUAAUGUAUUGCAAUACCGAGACGGAGUGAACGAAAUAGUUGGAGAUUUUCAUGUAGUUUGCCCAACGGUUCUGUUAACCAAACGCCACUCUCGUACCUUUUCCAACAAUAAUGUCUACCUCUACCAUCUAUCGUACCGACUUUCCAAUAACCCAUGGCCUGCAUGGAUGGGCGUGAUGCAUGGGUAUGAGAUUGAACUGAUGUUUGGAACACCCUGGUUUGGAACAUCACAGUUCACAUCAGGUUAUAAUGACGUCGAUCGCUCCGUGAGUCGACGUAUGGUGCAUUACUGGACCAACUUCGCUAAAUUUGGGAACCCGAACGGUUUACGAAGUGCAAACGAACUAGACUUACGUAGCACUGAUUGGCCAAGAUUCGAUGACGUCAGACAGCGGUAUCUUGAAAUUGGUAUCGACGAUGACGUCAUGGGGCCUUUCCCUAAUUCGUUUCGUUGCGCUUUUUGGGAAAGAUAUUUACCAUCGUUGAAACUCGCUUCGUCCGACAUGGACGAAGUCGAAACGAAAUGGAAGAUCGAGUUUAACAGGUGGACCGAAUCCAUGGAUUUGUGGGAUCGGUCUUUUAAAGCUUAUUCUAAAGAUGGGAAACAGAGUUCUUGUCCCAACUGA